AUGUGGGGUAAACUUUGCUUGCUGCUUGCAAUAAUAAUAUCAAUUACUAUUACUCUUGCUCAAGGACAAGAUACUGCUACUAAAUCACAGCUGAGCAUGCCUAAUACUGAUCCAGUAAGAGACUUGUACAUUUGGACUCACAAUGUAUCCUACUGCUACCUCUGAAUAGUCCACACAGCACAGAAGUACUGAACAGUCAUCGGAGAUUAUGAAUCCUCUGGGCAUUGAUGCUACAAUGACCAGACUUCAGGCUAUUGCUCUGGUUCUGAUAAAUAUAUCUGCGCCAGUUCUAACUGGUCUGUCAAUAAUGCUGACAUGCUUCUCUGUCCUGAAUCAAAGCCUGAAUGCGGCCAAAAGAGAUACUUUAUAGAUCAUGGCUCUCAAGAGUUUAGGAUAGAGAAAUCCAUUCCUAAUCAUGAUCCUUGCUCUUAUAGAUUACAGAUUGAAAAUGAAGAUAUCAAGAAUCUUAGCAUUACUGUUGAGUAUCUCAGAGGAGGAAAUGUUACAAUAUUCACUAUUCCAAAGCACAAAUUUGAAGUUUCCCUGACUCACAGACUAAGUGAAGGCCAAAAAGCCACUGUCGUAAUCCCUCCUUCCGCUGACGUUUACAUCUUGACUAGCCCGUCGUCAUGGUUAGAUCCUUACGAUGUGUUUUUCAAUAUUUCAAUCCAAGUGGGGCCUGAGCAAGAACAUGAUCAACAGACUGGCCAUGAUGAUCAAGAGUCGACAUUCAAUCACUUUUAUGAAGAGAUUCCGUUUAUCGUAUACAUUAUUGUUAUACUUGUGCUCCUUAUUUGUAUUUUUAUAACAAGUUGCGCUGCAUUCUAUUAUUUGAGGAAGUUAAUAAAUAACCCACCGCACAGAUUCUCGUCUCACAACUACUCAUUCUCCUCCAGUUCCUCCCUUGAGCCUCCAAGAAUCCACCAAAGAUGCACUUCUCGUCCAAUCUUUCACGAAGUCGUACAAGAGCCCUUGACUGAUCGAAUAGAGAUGCCUGAACGUCAGAGUCUUAAGGAGCCGAAGAGAGGGAGAAGGAUUAAGUAGAGUAUGGAAGUAUUAGCGGUGUGAAGAGAUAAUUGAUUUGGGUUCAUUUCAAU